AUCAAAACAUUGGUAGCCAUUCGUGGCACAGUUUUUUCAAUUUCAAUUUUUUCCAUUUCUGGUGUGAAAAAGUGUAGAAAAAUAUGCCGAAUCCGGAGUAAAUUGCAGCCUAUCGCCGGUAACGUUUGAUGUUUAUCUGUCGGAAGUUUAACGAGAUCGACAAAAUGCUGGGAAGAUUAUCGGAAGUCCUGCAGAAUGCGGCCGAUGUGCUUGCCCCGCCGCCGACUCCGCUACAGGACUUCGACUAUCACUAUAGGCUAGUAAAGAACUUCUACGUCGCAGACAAGUCAUUACCGAAAAUUCAUAUCAACGACACUAACAUCCCAGUGCAUCUGGAGCAGAUGUUGCGAAUACUUAUAGAAGAAGAACAGCGCAUUGAAGGACGAGCAGCGAAGGACAAACCAGUUGAGCAACCAGCUGAAUCGCUCGUUGAACAAGCGUCGGCUAGUGUUGCAGCCGGUGUUGAGCCGUUGCCGGAGGCGGAGUGCAUGGACUUCGUGUUAACUAACCGUCCUCUAGAUGUUCUCGCUGAACUAGCUGCUAACGAUGCACCGCCUGGUGCACGGCUUAUAAUUCUGAACUGGGUACGGCGUUUGUUGUCUUGCAUGAAAACGCCGCCUCUGGGUCAUGCGAGUAUAUUUCAGCCGGUUCAGAAGCUGGUAGAGUUAUGCAACGGCACUGCUGCUUCGCCUUACGAACGAGAGGAGAUUCUUUUCCUAGAAACGGUAGCCGGGCUUGUUCGAAAGGAUUCCAUAUUAGUUAAUCUGUUCCUUAAAUCUCACCAUCAUUCCGCACAAAUGCUACCCAACUGGAAGGGUGUUUCGGCUACGAAGCCACCGGUUAAUAAUCCUCUGUUUCAGAGCACAAAAUUCGAGUAUCACUCCCGACGGAUCUCGCUGGUUAGGGAGGAACAAAGCAACGAUAAUGAUGACAAGAAUGAGCGUUCUGAAGCCGUGAUUGUGCCGAGCGAGGAUCCUCCCGAACCUCCAUGUGACUGUGAUGAAGAAGAACAUUUCGUGCUGUUUGAUGCUCUCGUCAGUUACCUGGAUAGUGCAGACAGUACAAUCAUUGUACGAUCGUGCGAAGGUAUCAUUAUACUGGGUUCACUUCCAACGCUGAAUACUUCCUGUAAAGCUAUUCAAAACAGCAUUGGCCGAUUUAGUACGAUGAUGGCUGAACGGGUUGCCAGUCACUGUCAGCAAAUACCGGAAGAUAUGGACACGGGAGAUAUUGAAGAUGCGAAUGUGUCUUGGGGAUUGUUUCCGAAGGAUUCUGAACAGCCACAUUUUAUUGGUCGCUACCAACUGACAUCAUUUCUUUGCUGGUUGGAUUACGCCGAUUGUUUGAUGAAGGAGUGUCCUGCGCUGGCAAAGGAAUUAGGCGAACUGAUUAGGCAUCAACUGUUGAUCAACUACAUUGAACCCGGGUUAAUGGGUGUCUACGCGCCGUUUAUGUUGGUGUUAACAGCAAAAAUCAUCAAGAAGACUCAAUCUAGAGCACUGUUAGAUGAAAUUGCUAACUGGCUAAUUGGUGAGGGAGACAUCACAGAUAUUAACGGGGCAGAUUGUUUGCUUACAAUUUUAAUUGAAAACGCUCACGAGAACUCUGACAUUCUGUUACAAACUUUGCAGUUUGUAGAAUCGCUGUUAGAUAAUCCCCACGAAAAGAUUUUACAUGGUAUGAUCUUUUUAUAUGUAAACAACCGAGGAUACUUCGAUAGCAACGCUGUAACGAUUCAGUCCUGGUCCGAUGAGGAAGACAACCGUGAACGACGAAGAGGAAGUGCCGAUAAUCCAAUUAAGUCGCGAACCCUUGCCCCACAUAACAUACUUAAGGUGAUCAAUCACUUCCUGCUACUGCUGCCGCGGCAUAUCAUGAAUGAUGCCGCCGGAAUCUGCUACGAGGAAUAUAUGCAGGACGCCAGUAGACACUAUCAGACGUGGAUUAAUAGGACGCGUGGUUUCAACUGGCCCGUGGAAGCUAUAUGGCCGGAAACCCCUAGCGGGUCACCGGCCCGGGAAGAUUCGAUUCAGAACAAUUUGUCGGCAGCACCGAGCAGCAAAUCCAAACCUAAAAUCAAAACCGAAUUCAGCGAGGUGCAGUGCGGCGAUAGUGGAAUCUCCGAGGAAAGUUUCUACGAAGGCCCUCUGCUUAGACUGCUUUUCUCCCACGUAAAGCACAUGAGCAACCAGGCGUAUGAGCUGAAUUUGGCCGUGAUAGCCAUUCUGUCCAAAUUGGCUCUGUUUCCACAUCCGUACUUACACGAAAUCCUGUUGAGUCCGGAAAUUCCAGUAGCUCCUGGGGCUACCACCUUGUGGUCUGUGAUGCAAUUUCUUGCGCGACAACUGCUGACGGAAAUACCUCGGGUGGACAAUUUUCAGGAAAAAAUAGUUGAAACCGGAAAAAGAUUGCUAACGAAUCCGCCGCUUUGUGCGCACCACGCUGCGGCGGAGGAGGAAAACGAGGAUGACGAAAUUAAUGAUCCGUUGUUCGAGUCGAUCGUGGUGUUGGAAGAGUUUUGCAAAGAACUUGCGGCGAUUGCAUUCGUAAAGUAUCAUCAUGCGACGGAAUGAGAUGUUGAAUUGUAAGUGUUGAGGAUCUGAAGCGUGACGCCUGAACAAUUGUGCAUUGUGAAGAAGAGUAUUCUAGUGGAAUUUUAUUGUGUAUAAUUUUAAACUUAAUUUUAACUUAAUCGUGUUACCCGACUGCAGUCUAAUCGGAUAAGUCUAACCGCAGCAACAGUUUAGCCGCUAAGCUUUAGGCCAGUUAAGUAAAUGCAUUCGCAUUUAAAUGUUUGUUUCAUAUGAUGUACGAAGGCGAUACAAAUACAAACUCUAGUCCAAUAUGUCGUGUUUAGCUCUGAUUGUGAAACUGAUUGAUUAUCGAUUGCACGUACAUAUAGCGUGUUGAAGGUAAGGCGUUGCAAAUCGGAGUUUGUAAUAUCUGUUCAAGCAAUUCAAUGCCGUGAUUCAUUGAAUGGCACAUGUGUUGAAGCAAGUCGGUCACUUGA